AAUUAAAUCGGCGGCGGCGAUAAUAAUAAUAAUAAUAACAACAAUAAUGACGAUUGACGAUAAGUCGUUGCCGUCAUCGGGCAAAUUUAAAUAUUUGGAAUAACGAUAAUACUGUUAUUAUUUAUCGUCGGAUAGUACCGAUUCGCGAGAUCGGUGACUCGCCACUCACGAGUCACGAGCGCCUAGUUACUAGUUUAGUAGUUUCUGAAUCGUCGUCGUCACUCGUCGACCGCCGUCUGGCCGUACAGAAAUAGUUGACGAGUCGAAGUCGGUCUUCUACUUAUCACGAUUUAUCAAAGACCACCAAGUACCGACCAAAAUAAUAUUAACGUUUAUUAUUAUAUUCAAUGUACUGUUUGGUUUCGGGCAAGAGUUGUUAUCGUCAUCGCUGAACAAGUAAGAAUGAUGAAGCUGAUCAAGUGAUUAAACCAGUGUGCUAUCUUGCCAGUGAUGAGUACCAGAGAUGCAACAGAUGACCGCUAUAUUGACGAUCCUCUUCGAAUAUGCAAAAAACCACCUUACAAGGUAAAGUCACCAUCAUAUGUCAACAUAUCUAGAUCUAUAAAUGGUUAUACAUCAUCUUUAACACAGUACGAUAGCAAGAAACGUGAGAGUCGUUCUAGGGAUUGUAGCCCCAUCAAUGUACGUACAGUUAAUAAUUGUAACAUGGAAGACCAAAGUAUUAUGACGAAAUGUUCAAUAACUGAUACAGUUGAUUAUAGAACUGAAUCUGCCAAUUCAAUAGUUGUAAACACAAUCCAAAGACUUUAUGGUUCUAGUGUUAAAGUGUCGCCUAAGGAAAAAAAAUUAAACAACAUUCCUACGUCAACUAUAAUACAAAGAGAACAUGCUGAUUUACCUGUCUUAAAGUUGCUCAACCCCCAAUUCCGGGCAAAACUAGUAAUAAAUCAUAGUUCACCACCCUCAAAAAUAAAACUUUCAAAAAUAACUAAUGGUAGUGAUGUAGAAAUUAAUGGUGGUAACUACUUUAUUAAAUUAGUUAAUUUAGAAUGUGAUGCAAUAAAAAAAUUAAUAUCACAGGUAGAAUGUUUAUUACCAAUUGCUCCUGAAAAUGGCCAGGCUCGUAUUCAAGCAAUCAUUGGUAAAUCAAAUUUGUUAAUGUCCAAAAAAAUUCAACAAUUCCUUGGUUUAUGUGAGAGUAAUAUAUCCUGUGCACAUGAUGACUUGUCUAGACCAAAAAAUAAUGAUUUAGAAGGGUUUUGGGAUAUGGUCAAAAUACAAGUUGAUCAGGUAAAAACUGAAAUGCAAGAAAUUAUCAAUUUAAGUAAUAAAGGUUGGCCUGAUGACGAAGAACAAAACAAAGAUAAACCUAUCAAAACUAUUAAAGUAAAAACGAAAGCAAAAAAACCAGUUGUUUUAAAUUCAAAGUAUGAUGCUGCUAGAAAAAAAGCAAUUGAAGAACAACGCAAGGCAAUGAAAAACUUAAAAAGUGAUGAUGUUAUAUUUUUUUAAUUGUAAACAUGUAAAGAUUAGACUGUAAUAUUAUGUGUU